AUGAGUAGUGAAAACACAAAAGAAACAAAAAUUCUUUUAGUUGGUAAUACAGGUGAUGGUAAAAGCUCGCUUGGUAAUUUUAUUCUUAAUAAAAAGAAUGCUUUUAAAGUAAGUCAUAGUCCAAAUCCAGAAACUAAAACAACUAAUGGAACGAAUGGAGAAGGUGACAGAAGUAACAUAUUUGUUAUUGAUACGCCUAAUCUUUCUGAUUCAAGUAAAAUGAAUGAAAAAUUUUUAAAUGAUAUGGUUAACUCUAUUAAAAACAGAAAAGGAAUACAAGCAAUUAUUGUUGUCAUAAAUUAUAAUGACGUUAUGCUUUCCAAUGAUUUAAAAACAUUGAUUGAAAUAAUGUGUAAUAUUUUUUCAUUUUAUGAAUUUUGGGAGCAUGUGUGUAUUGUAUGGACUAAGUGCUAUUGUUAUAUACCACAAAAAGAAUUAGAAACACAUAAGCAGAGUAAAGAAAAAUCUUAUUACCCACAGUUAAUGAAUCUUAUUAAAGAAAUGACAGGAGAUGAAGAAUCGAUUGAAUUUCCAAUGUAUUACGUUGACUCACAACCAUUUGAAGGAAAGGAUAACACAAGAUCAGAGAAUGAAAUUGAAGAACUUUUAAAGUGGGCGAGAGGCUUGGAUCGUAUUAACGUUGAGAAAAUUCUGAGAAGAGGAGGUCCUGAGUAUAAAGCAAUUAUCACAGAAGAAAAAAGUCGUCGAGAAGAAUUAGGUGGAAAUGAAACAAAUAGAGUGCCACAAGUCAAAGCCAUGAGAAGAGAAAUAAGAAUUGGGUAUAGCGGAAAAAUUAUCUGUAGUGAAUGGAAAGAAAUAUGUGAUAAAACAGAAGUUGGUAUAAAAACAAAACAAGAAACCCAAAAACUAUAUCAAUGUAUAGUUAUGUGA